AUGGCCAGCUACGCGUCCUCCACGGCCGACUCGACCUCCACGGGCACAACCGACGAGAUGAAUGAACCGCUCUCGAUCCUCCAGCCGCUGUCCUACUCGGCCAACUCGUGCGGCUACUGUGCAGAGGUCAAGGGCGCCAGGUCGCGCGCCAAGUCGAGCAAAAGCUACGGAGCCUGGGCGCAUGCUUUGUCGGCCGGGACUUACAAGGCACUCCUCGACCGGGGAUGGAGGCGGAGCGGGUGCUACAUGUACAAGCCGGACAUGCGCAACACUUGCUGUCCCCAGUACACCAUCAGUCUCGACGCCGGCAGCUUCAAACCCUCUCGAAGCCAGCGACAAGUCCUCGCACGGUUCAACGCAUUCGUCAAGUCGGGCGAGCGGGAAGGACAGCCUGGAUGGGGACCCUCGGCGACCCAAGAAGCCUCGACUUCCGGCACUUCUCGCGAGACGACGGCGGCAGUGAACGGCGGAAACGACGUUGCGAUGGGCGCGGCGGCACCGACGAAGAAGAAGGACAAGGGGAAAGGCAAGGGAAAGGCUAACCAGGCGGAGGCGGCAGAUUGGUGCGAGUCGGUUCAUGCCGGAGAUUGGGACCGGAGUCCUCAGGACGAGCCGUUCAAGCACCGCUUCGAGUUCACGCUCGAGCCUGCGAGCUACACCGCCGAGAAGUUCCAGCUCUUCAAGCGGUAUCAGAUGGAAGUGCAUGAGGAACCGGCUUCAAAGGUGUCGGAGAAGGGAUUCCGACGGUUCUUGGUCGACACUCCGCUAGAUAUUGAGUCCACAGCAUCGCCUGACUACGCAUACGGCUCACACCACGGUCUCUGGCGCCUCGACGGUCGGCUAAUCGCCUUCGCCGUCCUCGACCUCCUGCCAGGGGCCGUCUCCUCCGUCUACUUCGCGUGGGAUCCGGACUACUCCGGCAUGAGCUUGGGCAAGUUGAGCGCAUUGAGGGAGGCGCAGAUGGUGCGAGAAAUGGAGAAGGCGGGCCUCUGGGCAGAGGGAAGCGGGCGGUACAUGAUGGGCUUCUACAUUCACACUUGCCCGAAGAUGCGGUACAAGGCCGACUACCAGCCUUCCUUCCUGCUCGAACCGAACACCAAUCGCUACGUCCCUUGGGCGCUGUGCAAGCCUCUCCUCGACCUCUCUCCCCGAAUCCUUUCCUUCGCCGAUCCUCCUCCCGCCUCUUCCGCCGCGCCAGAUUCGCAUCAUCCUAUACAUUCCGAGACGCUGCCCACGCCCCCACCAGAAGAUGCCUCGAUGGCAGACUCGGACGACGAAAUGGACGAAGACGACGAGGCGGCGUACCCAUCUCCUCCGCCUCCAGGAUGCCUCGACCCGCACGAGCUGCCGAAGGAGUUGCUCAUCGAGUCGUUCGUGCUCGAGAAGCGGACGCUCAUGCCGUUACUGCUCUCGUCGGCUUGGCAUGACCCGGUAACGCCAAUGGAGGUGCGGGAGCUGUUGGCUACGACGGGCGACGCAGGCAAGGGCAAGCUGGCGAUCUGGACAGGCCGGUAG